GUUUUCUCUCGGUGGUUUUUUGAAAGAAUUUACUAUGCAACUCACUCAGUAAUACCUGAUAUGCCUUCUGCAACGACGGUUCCGCGCCGUCGACGGCGAGACGAGGACGACGAGGACGAGAACGAUAAUCCCCGCGAGGACGCCUCUGCUUCUUCUUCCGCCGACACGAGGGAUCCCUCGCCUGCGUCGCAAAGUUCCGCCCCUGACAGCAAACGUCCACGAUUGUCGAAUGCGAAUGCGAAUGCGGGGGGAAAUAGUGGCGGCGAAGAAGACUCCAAUAACGAGGAAGAGGGGUCUAAUAACGAGGACGAGGAGAGCGGCACGGAAGAUGGAGACUCGGGAUCCAACUCUGACGGCGUCAGUGAGGAUGGAAUAGACGCUCCAGCGUCGAUACCUCACUCCGCUGCUGUUAGUAGGAAAGGCAGUAGCGCCCAGGCGUCAAGAACGCACUCCGUUGCUGCCAGCCAAAAUGGCACUGGCCCCCGAACAUCGCAAGCUUCCGCCCCCGCCAGCAAGCGUCCCCGAUUGUCAAACGCAGAGGAAAGCAAUCGCAGCGAAGAGGAGUCCAGUGAUGAGAACGAAGAGGAGGACGAAGAGAACGGCAGUGAAUAUGAAGCCCCGGGAUCCAACUCCGAUGGCGCCAGUACCAUUCUCACUGGUGCCCAAACGUCGCAAGUGAACUCCGCCCGUGCCAGCCAAAGUGGCCCUAAUACCCAAGCGUCAAGGUCGAACUCUACCAAUGCCGGCCAGAAUGGCGACCAAAGCGGGGUCAACCAGGAAGGAUACAAGCCCGGUGCUAUCCUACGCAUCAAAGUUACAGACUUCGUGACGUACACGGAGGCGGAAUUUCACCCCGGUCCAAAGCUGAACAUGGUGAUUGGACCCAACGGGACGGGUAAAAGUACCCUGGUAUGCGCCAUAUGUCUGGGAUUAGGAUGGGGUCCCCAGCACCUGGGACGCGCGAAGGAUCCCGGCGAGUUCGUCAAGCAUGGCUGUCGAGAAGCUCAUAUUGAGAUCGAGCUGGCAAAAGGCCCCAAGCAACGCCAAAACCCCGUCGUCGGUCGGACAAUCAAGCGCGACGGCAACAAGAGCACGUUCUCGCUGAACGGGAAGAGUGCAUCCCGACAGGAGGUUCUCAAUCUAGCGCGCUCUUUCGCCAUCCAGAUUGACAAUCUCUGUCAGUUUCUGCCACAGGACAAGGUCAGCGAGUUUGCAGCUCUGACGCCCAUCGAGCUGCUUGCUUCCACGCAGAGGGCAGCUGCCGGCGCCGAGAUGACUGAGUGGCAUGAUAAUCUGAAGUCCCUCCGCGCCGAGCAGAAGAAAUUGCUGGGAGAGAGUACUGGCGAUCGGGAACUGCUGACGAACCUCGAGGGUCGCCAGGAGAUGCAAAGGGCGGAUGUAGAGCGCAUGCGGGAACGAUCUCUGGUCAAACGGAAAAUUGAAAUGUUGGAAACCCUCCGUCCGGUAAUAAAGUACCGGGAGGUCCAUGGGAACUUCAAGGGGAUGCAAAUCCAAGCAAAAGACAUCGAGAAAGAGCUUGACAAUCUCAAAAUCGAGCUCGAGCCGGCGCUGAGAGCAGUGACCGAGAAACAACAGUAUUGCGUCCGGCUGGACGGAUUCAUCGAACGUCAGCAGCGAGCUGUUGAACAGGCUGACAGUGCCGCUACUGCUCUUGGCAAGAAGAUCGAGCAGAACGAAUAUCAGAUGAAAGACCUCGAUAGGCAAAUUGAGUCGGAAAAGAAAUCUGGCACCAAGCACCGGCAAGAUGCCCAGCAGAUCCAGCAGACUAUCAACAAAUUACGACGCCAGCUGAACGACGAGCCAAUUGAGUUUGACGUUGACUGGUACAAUGAGCAGAUUAGAGAAAGACGACUGCAAGUCAGGGAAAUCGUGGAAAAGGCUACCCAGAUGAAAGAAGAGCGAAGGCCACUCGUCAACACGGUCACGGACCGGAAUAAUCAAAUAAAACAGGCAGAGCAGCAAUUGCGUGGGUUGGAUUCUCAGUCAGGGCGGCAAGAAGCGAAGCUCAAAACUGCAUCCUUCGAUUCUUUCAAAGCCUACAAGUGGAUUCAGGAGAACCAAGAUAAGUUCGAGAACGAGGUCUUCGGCCCUCCAAUGGUCACCUGCUCUGUGAAGGAUCCCAAAUUCGCCGAUGCAGUGGAAAUGCUUCUAUCGAAGUCGGAUUUCACAGCUUUUACAGUCCAGAGUCGCAAUGACUUCAAAACACUGCAACGGGCUCUUAACAUAAACAUGAAGCUUCACGACAUCAGCAUCAAGACAUCUACAGCCCCAUUGGAGAAUUUCACAAGUCCUCUACCGAAAGAUGAGCUGAAACAGCUGGGAUUCGACGGAUGCGCAAUCGAGUACCUCGAAGGGCCAAGCCCCGUUCUCGCCAAUCUUUGCAGUGAGAAUCGCUUGCACCAAACACCGAUCAGUAUUCGGGAUAUCUCGGAGGAAGCCUACAAUAAGAUGGCAGAAGGGCCGCUCGGUUCCUGGGUGGCUGGAAAACAGCACUACCAGGUAACCCGGCGGAGAGAAUACGGGCCGUCUGCUACCUCCACUCGUGUGAGGCCAGUGAGGCCAGCAAAGGUCUGGACGUCUCAGCCCGUGGACACUUCGACGAAAGAAGCAAUUAUACGGAAUAUACAGAUGCUCCAAGAUGAGGUCAAAGAAGCCAAAGAAAAGAUGGAAGUCGAUCAAGGCGCACUCACUCAGUUAGGCCAGGAUAAGGAUCGACUCGAACAGGAAAGGAUCGAACUGGAACGAGAAAAGUCCGAUAAACAAACUGCCCUUACCAACCACAGGGCUAUCCCUGAGAGAAUCCGUCAACAAGAAGCCAAGCAGAAAACCGUCCAGGACGGUUUUGAGGAGAUUAGGACCAGAGUUCUGAACUUCCGCGGCCAGCAAGACCAAAUUUCCAUUCGAAAAGCCGAGGCAGCGCUUGAAUACGCUAGCGCGGUUACGAAUCUCCGUGUUCUGUAUGAGGAACUCAUCAAAUGGAAGGUCCGGCGCGUUGAGGGCAUAUCAGAUCUGGACUAUCUCAAAGAACGGAAUGCCACACAUAGACAGACGCUGGAGACUAAGCGUGAAGAGCUGAAUGCAGCGCAAGACGAGAUCAAGGCCAUGUCUGACACGGUCAGGGAACUAUCCAAGGAGGCUCAGAAAAUCGUCAAGGCCUCGAAGAACCAGCCCGACAUAGUCGAGUUAAUCCCAACUCUAGUCGAGCACACGGUCGACCAACUUGAGGCGGACAUCGACUCCGAGAAGGCUCGUCUGGACCUCACGCAAGGAGGAAGCACCUACAUCAUCAAGGAGUUCGAGGAGCGCGAACGACAGAUCAAGAAGCUGCAGGAAAGACUCACCAAGUUCGAGGAGCAACUCCGCGAAUACGAGCACGCCAUUCGAGAGAUCCGCUCCAAGUGGGAGCCCAAACUAGACGCGCUCGUGAGCAAAAUCAGCGACGCCUUUGGCGAUUCAUUCGCGCGCAUCGGAUGCGCCGGCCAGGUGUCCCUGUACAAGGGCGAGGACGAAUCCAACACAAACACCGAAGAAGGCCAGCCCAGCAGCGGUAGCGGCGGUACCGACUUCGACCAAUGGUCCAUCCAGAUCCACGUCAAGUUCCGCGAGAACGCAAGUCUUCAGCUUCUAGACUCCCACCGCCAGUCGGGCGGCGAACGAGCCGUUAGCACAAUCUUCUACCUCAUGGCGCUGCAGUCCCUCUCCGCGUCUCCUUUCCGCGUCGUCGACGAGAUCAACCAAGGUAUGGACCCGCGCAACGAGCGGAUGGUGCACGAGCGCCUAGUGGACAUCGCAUGCGCACCAACGACCAAGGACGGCGGCGGGGGACAGUACUUCCUCAUUACACCCAAGCUUCUCAGCGGCCUGGUCUACAAACAAGGCAUGCGCGUCCUCUGCAUCGUCAGCGGCGAGCACAUGCCGAAGGACUACCACGAGCUUGAUUUCCGCGGGGCUGUCCAGCGGAUGCGAGCGGUACGGAGCAAGCAGAACGGCAAGGGACGGGCCAUUGAAGCGAACCCGCACCGAGGAGGUGGUGUCGAAGCUGCUGGUUGAGGUGGUUGAUGUUGGGUGGCUGCUGAUAGCGUUUGUGAUACCUUUUGUUUAGGAUGCUUUGGGCGUAUUGUCUGGAUGUUGUGUAGGUGUUGGCGGUUCCUGGGUUAAGGAUAUUAGCGGUACAUAUUUGAAUUGGUUGUUUAUAGUUGUCUCUUGUUAUGCUGUGUAUAUGGAAUCAUUGAAUGAUUGUUCUGGUGUGGAGUAC